AUGAGCGGAGGCGGCGCCCUGCAGCAACGCACCACCUACCUCAUCUCCCUCACCCUGGUCAAGGUAGAGGCUGUGGAGGAGAAUGGAGGGGAGGCCAAGAACAGCACCCAGGGGAAGGAGGUGGAGGCCGGGCCAGGAGGAAGGGCAGGAGUGGAGGCGGAAGGAGAAGUACCUGCACGGGCUGAGAAUGGAGCUGGAGCACAUUGCGCUGAGGAUGCUGCUAUAAUGAAAGGGAGCAAGUUAACUGAUGAACUCAAAGAUGGAGAAAGAAAACCCCUCAGCCAUCUGAAAGAUAAACCGCCCUCCACUGUCGAUGUCCCGAGAAAAGAGAGUGAAAAGCCACCGUGCAACCUCUCAAUCCCCUUACCUGCUGAGAGAGUGACAGUUCAGAAGACAAAGUCUGCAGAGAUAGACCUAACCCCAGUUGAGAAGACCCUUUCCAACCCAGAGGCAAUCCAAUGCAGGUCCCCAUCACUGACCACAACACCACCAACAGAGGUGGUCGAGCCCAACCGCACCCCAACCAGGACCAGCCUCCCUAUCCGUCCGGUGGGACAGAGGCCUGUGAGUCUGCUGAAGUCUCACAGCAAUGUGGCCACCCGUGGUCGCGAGCCCAGGGAUGGUAGAGAGCGCAGCCCUACCUCAGCACAAAGCCUGGAUCGGAAGGACUGCCGCAUGCCAACACGCUCACCAGGGCCUUGUAGGGCCUCAUGGGCAGAAGCAAGCAGACCUGAAGGAUGGAGGGACCUGCGGGAUGAAGCUCCAGCUGGAAUACCUCUAGAGAUUGGAGGUGGCAUGACUGCAGUGAUGAGAGACAUCCCCAGGAAGGAGAGACUAAAGACAGGUUCGGCCUCCCUACCUGCGCCUGCUACCCAGGCCCCCAAACCAGGACGCAAAGGUAAAAGCCGCACGCUGGAUAACAGUGACCUGAACAGCCUCUCUGAAGACCUGGGGCUGGCUAGGGAGGCCCAGCAGGCACAACAGGGCCAGCGAGGCUCCGCUAAAGACAGGAAGAUGCUCAAGUUCAUCAGUGGCAUUUUCACAAAGAGCAGUUCAGGGGCAGCGGGGUCAUCCUCCACAGCACCUCCUGUCUAUAUACAGAGAGACUCCAGUGAGGAGGAAGUAAAUAUUGCCCACAGCCAGGAGUGGACACUGAGCAGAUCCAUCCCAGAGCUGAGACUGGGCAUUCUGGGUAGUCUAAAAAGUGGCAAGUCAGCGCUGGUGAACAAAUACAUCACAGGCAGUUAUGUUGCACUUGAGAAGCCUGAUGGUGGCAGAUAUAAAAAGGAAGUGCUGGUGGACGGACAGAGUCAUUUGCUACUGAUCCGGGAGGAAGCUGGCCCACCGGAUGCACAGUUCACCAGCUGGGUUGACGCAGUGAUCUUGGUCUUCAGCCUGGAGAACGAAGCCAGCUUCCAGGAGCUUUACCAGCUCUACAGCCAGCUGAAUGCACACCGCACAGAUAUCCCAGUCAUAGUGGUCGGCACCCAAGAUAAAAUAAGUAGCACCAACCCCCGUGUGAUCGAGGAUCAGAGAGCCAGACAGCUGUGUAUUGAUGUGCGUCACUCACUCUUUUACGAGACCUGCGCCACCUACGGGUUCAAUGUUGACCGAGUCUUUUCAGAGGCUGCCCAGAAGAUUGUAGCUCAGAAGAAGCAGGCGGCGCUGCAGGCCUGCAAGUCUCUUCCAAACUCUCCUAGUCACUCUGGAGGCUCCACACCUGGAUCAGCAUCGUUCCCUGGCCAGGCCAGUAAUGGCCCAAGUAGUGGCUACGUCUACUCCCUCCCCUCCACCCCUGUGGUCAGUCACAGAGAACUGCGGGUUGCACAGGGAGAGGGGGGAGGCAGCGUCAACGCACGAUCAAUGAAGAGCAUCCCCAGACGGCCCUCCCUCUUCAAGAAUCGGGACACAGACAAGAAGGCUGGUGAUGGAAAAGGAGACCUGAGCGGCGUGCGGGGCGUUCCCAUCAAACAGAGCAUCCUAUGGAAGCGAAGCGGUAGCUCUCUGAAUAAGGAGUGGAAGAAGAAAUAUGUCACCCUGUCCAACAAUGGCACGCUGUCUUACCACUCCAGCUCCAGUGACUACACACAGAACAUACACGGAAAGGAAAUCGACCUGCUGCGUGUGACAGUAAAAGUUCCUGGGAAACGUCCUCCGAGAGCCGUCGCCCCUGUGGGCCCCUCACUUGCGCCCCCCGGCUCUGUACCUGGAGUUAACGGGCUGAGUAAGGAGCAGACAGCCGCUGAUAGCACUAGUACAGUUCCUCAGUUGUGUCCUGCCACCCUUUCUGUGGUUGAUGACCGGUCUGGUGGUUUGUCACCUCAAGGAGGAGACAGAGGACUUCAACGCUGCCCCUCCUCGUUGUCUGCCAAAGCGCAAAGUGUUGAUGCUCUUGAAGGGGCAGCAAGUCCUUUUGCUGGGAAAGACCCCGGCCAAUCAUCUCCUAUGAGCGACAGGAAGAAGAACAGGAGGAAGAAGAGUAUGAAUCAAAAAGGAGAUGCAGCAGUUGGGCAGGCUGAAGCCAAACGCAAAAUGUGGAAAUUAAAGAGCUUUGGUAGCUUGAGAAACAUUAAUAAGACAGAUGAAGAGAAUGCUGACUUUAUCAUAGUGACCUUCACCGGGCAGACGUGGCACUUCGAGGCUCAGAGUUUGGAGGAGAGGGACUCGUGGGUGUCAGCUAUAGAGAGCCAGAUCCUGGCCAGCCUGCAGUCCUGUGAGAGCGGCAGAAACAAGGCUCGGAGGAGCAGCCAGAGCGAGGCUGUAGCGCUGCAGGCAAUUCGCAACGCCAAGGGCAACAAUCUGUGCGUGGACUGUGAAGCACCAAAUCCCACCUGGGCCAGUCUCAACCUGGGUGCGCUGAUCUGCAUCGAGUGCUCAGGCAUCCAUCGGAACUUGGGGACUCACCUGUCUCGCGUUCGCUCGCUGGACCUGGACGACUGGCCCGGAGAGCUCACGCAAGUCCUAGCUGCCAUCGGAAACCACAUGGCAAACAGCAUCUGGGAGAGCUGCACCCAAGGCAGAACCAAACUCACACCUAAUGCAACACGUGAGGAGAGGGAGUCUUGGAUUCGCGCUAAGUAUGAACAACGGGCGUUUGUGGCGCCCCUUGAGCCAGCCUCGGGGCCCCGUCUUCCAGGGGAGGGUAUGCCGGUGUGGCUGCUGACUGCGGUGACUGAGAGAGAUCUGCCCAGACUCCUGGUCCUUCUGGCCCACAGCACCAAGGAACAGAUCAACGCUGAACUACCCGGGUCGACUUCACUGCCUCGCACAGCCCUGCACGCUGCUUGUCAGCUGGGGGAUGUAGUCAUGACCCAGCUGCUCGUCUGGUAUGGAAUCGAUGUCAAAGCGAAGGAUAACCAAGGCCAGACGGCUAUGAGGAUGGCCAGAAAGACAGGGAGCAAAGGCUGCAUUGAUAUUUUGCUCCAACACGGCUGCCCCAACGAGACGUCCCCCCCCACUGCCACACCCGUCCUCUCCCGCCGGUCCAGCACUGCCAGCCUGGGCCGAACCAGCUCCAGGAAGCGGGUGUCGUAGCGUGAACUGAAGAUGCUACCACACAGCAGCUGGUGACGACUGGAGGAUGCUUAUUAGUUAGAAACCUUUUAAAACAGGGAGACAGCUGACUUUGGAGAAUCUAUAACAAAAAUUACAGGACUAUAUCAUAGUACUAAGGAUUUAAAAAUGUUUCUGAAGACUGAACAACAUAUCAAGCAAUUUAAAAGCAAUAUUCAUUGAAUUUGUUGAUGACAGAUAUAUUGCUGAAAUACUGUGUUGUUGUCGACCUCGUUUUAAAAUGAAUCAAGUAGAACUUUGUAGUCGUCUUCUGUAAUUUUAGACCAGACACUUGAACUGUCUCUGUUUCACUUCCUCCAGAAGAAGUGCAAUAAUCCAGCUAUGGUGACGAAAAGCAAGAGGUUGUAGAGCGAGCUGUGUCGGGUGACUGGAUGGUCACUGUUGUGAGAGAAUCAGUGCAUCGAGAGGGUGCUGCUUUUAUUCAGAUUUGUUGUGACUGGACCAAAAGAGCAAUUAUUUUCUUUGGCUUUACAAACAAAACCUACAAUAUGUCAUGUUGUUAGUUAUGUGUGCCUGUCGCAGCAGUAUAAAGGUCAGCUUGGCCAAUAUAAACUGUUUUCCAGUGACAAAUCAGCUGAGAUUAUUCUGCUUAGACUAGAAAAAUGAAUAGUUUGGAAUAUGAAAUAUGUCAGUGUUACUCUUACAGGUCAAAGAUAUGGCAUUUUAAUAUUCUGUACAUGUAACUAUACUACAUAAUUAAUGUUAAACUCUGUAACGAAGACACAACUGAAAAAUCAAAGACUCAAUUUUGUAAAUGAUUUCUACUGGUAGUUUUGAAAGUAUGUCAAGUUUGUUUUUUCAUCAUCUCUCAUAAUUUCUUAUUCUCCUACACGUCAUGAAAGCAUAAGCCAGUAAACAAAUGCUUUAACAUUA